GACUCUUAUAAAUGAAUAAUUGAUAUAUAUUCUAGGUUAUUUUCUUCAUUUUAAGUUUGGAGAACAACUAUUUUCAUUUACAAAACUUAGCAAUGGGGUUUAGUAAGUUUUAUAAGCAGCAGACGGUGUCCGAAAAGACAUCUUCACCAGAUGCAACCGGAUUUAAUGAUGCAGCAUCAUUAAACUAUAGUGAUCAAGAAUCAGCUACUGCUAUGGUUCAAGUUGAUAAAAACACCAAAGAGAUUGGAUUUAUUUCAGCCACAUUUCUUAUUUUCAACAGAUGUUUGGGUGCUGGUGUUUUCGUUACUACUUCAACUAUUUAUGAAUUUUCUGGAUCGGUCGGGGCCUUUUUUUUGAUUUUUGCUGCUGGAUCUAUAAUUGCAUUCACCGGGUUAUUGGUUUAUAUGGAAUUAGGUUCUGCCAUUCCAAGAAAUGGUGGAGAAAAAAAUUAUUUGGAAUAUAUUUAUAGAAAACCAAAGUUUUUCGUUACUGCAAUGUACGCUAGUUAUGUUUUCUUUUUAGGUUGGGCAGCUGGUAAUUCAGUUGUUGUUGGUGAGUAUUUAUUGAAUGCUGCUGGUGUUGAGGUUGGUACUUGGAAUGCCAGAGGUAUUGGUUUAGGAGUUAUUACUUUUUGUUUUUUAAUUAAUGGGUUAAACGUUAAAGCUGGAUUAUUUAUUGCUAAUGUUUUGGGAGUUUUCAAACUUGGAAUUGUUCUUUUCAUUGCGGUUACCGGUUGGGUUGCCCUUGGUGGUGGUAUUAAAACAAAUGACUUUAAAGAUCCUCAUAAUUUUGUUGAUGCUUUUAAAGGUACUGAUCCAAGUGGAUACGGGAUUGUUAAUGCUUUAUAUAAUGUCAUUUGGUCUUAUAUUGGUUAUUCAAAUGCUAAUUAUGCCUUGGGUGAAGUUAAAAAUCCAGUUAAACUUUUAAAAGUCGCUGCUCCUUCUGCUUUUAUCUUAUUGGCAAUUCUUUAUAUCUUUGUUAAUAUUGCUUAUUUUGCCGUUGUUCCAGCUGAAGAAAUUGCCUCCUCUGGUAGAAUUGUUGCAGCUUCGUUUUUCAAAUAUGCUUUUGGUCGUACCGCCGAAAAAGCUGCUUCUGUCUUUGUUGCCCUUUCUGCUUUGGGGAAUGUCAUGUCAGUUAUCUUUUCUCAAGGUAGAAUUGUUCAAUCUUUAGGUAGAGAAGGUAUUUUACCAUUUUCAAGAUUUUGGGCUACUUCAAAACCUUUCAAAUCUCCUUUUAUUGGUUUGGCUCAACAUUGGAUUGUUUGUAUCGUCACAAUUACUGCUCCUCCUGCUGGUGAUGGAUUUAACCUUGUUCUUAAUUUAGUUUCUUAUCCAUUAAAUAUUGUUAAUGCUGCUAUCUCUGGUGGGUUAUUGUAUUUACAGUACAAGAAAAUUAGAGGUUUAGAAGCUUGGAAUCCUCCAAUUAAAGCAAGUAUCCCAAUUACUCUUUUCUUCUUUUUAUCAAGUCUUUAUUUAGUAGCUGCUCCUUAUAUUCCUCCUACUGGUGGACAAAGUGUUUAUCAAGAUUUACCUUAUUGGAUUCAUCCAGUUGUCACCUGGUUGAUUUUCGCUAUUGGGGUUAUUUAUUGGAUUGCUUGGACUAAAGUGUUACCAUAUUGGGGUGGUUAUACUUUGGUUGCUAAAGAAAUCUUGGGUGAUGAUGGUUUUUGGAGAAAUAAAUUUUAUAAGAUCUCAAAGGAUGGUGCUGCUCAUGACAUUGCCAGUGAAGAUGAGAAUGUUGAACGUGAUUCAGACGUCACUCUCGAAAAUACUAAUUCAUACAAAUAAUUCAUUUUGAGUUCAUUAAUUUGAUUUUUUGCAUUCAUGUUCUACUUCACUUCUUCUCACUUUAUUUAAUUACUUUUAUAUUUUUUUCCCCUCUCUACUUUCAAUUCCUUAACGAUUUUGAAAGUCAUUAUGUAUAAUAAUUCAACAUUUUAGGC